AUGGCAGAAUUCACUCAUGAAAGCACGGAAGGCCAGGAGGAAGAGGAACUACAGGAGGAAGUGUUAGAUUUUGCACCAGCCGCACUGGAUGACUCUCUGCCAGAGGUAGAAGAUCCUUUGCAGGAAAUAAACUUAGGAACAGGGGAGGAUCCAAGGCCUACCUUUAUCAGCGCACUAUUGAAAGAACCACUUAAGAAUGAACUCGUUGCACUUCUACAAGAGUUCAAAGAUUGUUUUGCUUGGCAUUAUCAUGAGAUGCCAGGAUUAGACAGGGAAUUGGUAGAACACAGGCUGCCAAUCAAAGAGGGAUACCUUCCAGUCAAACAGGCCAGAAGAAGGAUGUCCAUGGACACAGAACUGAAAGUCAAAGAAGAAAUAGAAAGGCUGCUCAAGGCAGGAUUCAUCAGGCCUGCCAUCUAUGCUGAUUGGCUAGCUAAUAUUGUACCAGUUCUAAAAAGGAAAACUGGGGCAGUCAGAAUCUGCGUGGAUUACAGAAACCUGAAUGAAGCCUCUCCCAAGGAUGAGUACCCUAUGCCAAUGGCAGACAUGCUAGUAGAUGGAGCUGCCCACAACCAGAUGCUAUCUUUAUGGAUGGCAACGCAGGAACAAACCUUUAAGUGGGAAGAACAGCACCAACAAGCUUUUGAGGAAAUCAAGCAUUACCUCUCAAAUCCACCAGUUCUGUCCCCACCAAAGAGAGGCAGACCACUCAAGCUCUAUAUAUCUGCAUCAGAAGUAUCCAUUGGAAGUUUAUUUGUUCAGGAUAACAAGGAAGGAAAGGAACAAGCGGUCUACUACCUGAGCAGAACUCUAACAGAGGUGGAAAGAAAAUAUUCUGCAAUUGAAAGACUUUGCCUAGCCUUGUACUUCACUGCUGUGAAGCUCAAACAUUACAUGCUGCCAUACACCAUCUAUAUCAUUGCCAAAACAGAUCUGAUCAAAUACAUGCUAACAAGACCAAUGCUAAGAGGCAGAAUUGGAAAAUGGACCUUGGCCUUGACAGAAUUUGCCUUCAGAUAUGUUCCUCAGAAAGCCGUCAAAGGACAAGCUGUGGCAGACUUCCUAGCAGAUCAUCCCGGAGAGGAGAUUGAAAAUAUGGACUCUUUAGACAUAGCAAAUGCAGAUCUAUUAACCAGAGCUCCCACCUGCCUCAACAAUCCUAUCUACUCAGUUCAUCUUGCACCUUGGAAGUUAUACUUUGAUGGAUCAAAAACUGAUAUAACUUCCGGGCAGGAAUUGUUUUGGAAGAACCACUUGGAAUCAGACACUGCUACUCUUUCCAAUUGGAUUUCCAAUGCACCAACAACAGGGCAGAAUAUGAGGCCUUAA